AAACUAGAGGGUUUGCAGAAAUACUUUCUACAACAGACCGAGUUUGAAUUUUGGGACCGUGUUCAGCAGCGAGUUAUAAAGCCUGCGAAAGCACGCCAACAAGCUGUUAGUAAUGUCGAAUUGCAACAGGUCACUAAAAGUGUCGUCGAACUUUGGAAAGAUUUUGAUGAUCACAAAUUCGCUAAAGUAGUCAGAAUUGGAAAACGACUGAUGGCAAAGGCAUCUGCUUGGAAGAAACACAAGGAACUGGGCAAAGUUUGGUUCGUCCUUGGCGACCUUAUCCACCUUAUUGGGAACGCCUUUGUUGAACUCCACAUGUAUUCCCAGGCCCACGACUUGUUCAUUAUGGAGGGAGAAUUGUCUGAUGAAUGGUAG